CCGCUUCUCCGCACACACUUCACCACAUGCUGUACCAUCACACAUCGCGCUGUUUUGAAGGAGACAGGGCACUGAGACAUGCUGAGACACUGGAGGUAGUUCUUCUUUAUUAUGACGAUGGAUCCAUAAAGAUCAGAAGCAACGGAUGAUGAAACAUACAGAGGACUUAAAAUAGAUUAAGGAAGUCAUUCAGCCCAUCUAAAUACUCAAUGGGAAACUACUUGCUAAUCACUUACUGAUAACAUCAAUGAAGUUCUUGUGCCAAAAAAGUUUUUCUACAUCACUGGAUAGUCAUAUGAAGUUAAAAUUAAUGACUUGCUAAUGAACAGCCUCCAAAGUCAUUUUAACAGAAGCUUAUGGACCAUAGCUAGGGACUUCUAAUGGCUAAACCAUAUUCUGUGAGUUGUUUUCUCUUUUUGGGUCAACGGGAGCACGGUAGAAUGGAGGAUCCAUUCCAGACAUUCUCUCAAGGAUCUGUCAUUCUACCUCCAAAAAGAAUGAGCAAUGUUCGCCAGAUGGAGAUUUGUGCACAUUGCUACUGAACUGCUCCAAUGGUUCGUUGGACAGAGAGCUGAUAGGACCCUGAAGAGGAGGAAGUAACUUGAUGAGGUUGAGGAGCCAGGCUGCAGUUUAAAGAGAGGGUAAAUUGGGAAUGGACAGGACAAGUUUUGAACAAAUAUUGCUUUUUGAGCUGCAGCUGUUAAUAUGAUAAUAUAGUCAACAGACAAAACAGAACCAGUUCUUCCUCUUUUAUAUUAAAGACAUACAGUACACUGGUGGAUUCAACAAAGCUGCUCAGGUGUAGCCAUCUUUUGGCUAAACUUUAGGUAUUUUAAUGAGACACAGAGAUGCACCAACUAUAUUGAACUGUGUCAUCCUUCCUACCUUGUUGUUGAGGUUGUCAGUUAUGAUGCUUCGGAGAGGUCUACUGGCCUGGCUCUCUCGUGUGGGUGUUCUGUUAGUAGUGAUAUGCUGUUGCCUUUCCCUUCUUUAUGUCAUCACUUGUAGUCCCUACGCUGAUGUACCCAUUGCUGGGAAACACUUGCCCAGGGCAGGAGGGAUUGGGAUUGCAGGUGGAUCAAGCCACCCAGGUUGGGUUGGAGAUUCCCCCAUUGGCCCAGCCAGUCGGGAAGUGUUCGAGGCCUUGCUACAAGAGCGAGAAGACCAGCACCGGCAGCAUAUUGCCAGCUUGAAGAAACAAAUUGCUCAACUUAAAGAGGCUCUCCAAGAACGCAGCGAACAACUAAAAGGGGUACAAAACUCUUUAGAGAAGACGGUUGGGAAGGGCACAGGGGGCGAUGUGGCCGACGACCACAAUCAUACUGACCUACAAGAGUUCCUGCGCAGCCAGCUGAGACGGGCCGAGGUACACACUGGCGUACGACUGCCAAGCGAGUACGCCGUGGUGCCCUUUGAGAGCUUUACGCUACAGCGUGUCUACCAGCUGGAAAUGGGGUUGACCCGUCACCCUGAGGAAAAGCCAGUGCGAAAGGAUCGUAAGGACGAGCUGGGCGAGGUGGUGGAGAGUGCACUGCAUUCCCUUAAUGCCCAAAAUCAAGGAGGGGACAAAACGAAAGCCAGCAAAGUCUACACACCAUCUGACUUUAUAGAAGGCAUCGCACGCACAGAAAAGGACAAGGGCACACUGUACGAGCUGACCUUCCAUGGUGAGCAAAAUCAGGAGUUCCGCAGGCUGGUUCUCUUUCGGCCCUUCGGCCCCCUCAUAAAAGUGAAGAGUGAGCUUGUGGAGAUGGCCAACAUGCCCAUUAACAUUGUGGUGCCUCUUUCCCAGAGAGCCGACAAAUUCAGACAGUUCAUGCACAACUUCAGAGAGGUGUGUGUGAAGCAGGACAGGCGGGUGCACCUUACCGUGGUUUACUUUGGAAAGGACCAGAUGAAUGAGGUCAAAGGAACCUUGGAGAACACAUCGAGGGAGCUGAACUUCCAUAACUUCACACUGAUUCAACUGAAUGAAGAGUUUUCUCGGGGUCGAGGGCUGGACGUGGGUGCUCGUGCCUGGAAGAGAGGGAACGUCCUGCUCUUCUUCUGUGAUGUUGAUAUCUUCUUCACACCCGACUUCCUGAACACAUGCCGCCUGAACACCCAGCCUGGAAAGAAAGUAUUUUACCCAGUUCUCUUCAGCCAGUAUAACCCAGCUGUAAUCUACGGCAGCCAUGCUCACAUCCCCCCUGUGGAACAGCAGCUGAUCAUUAAGAAAGACACUGGCUUUUGGAGGGACUUUGGCUUUGGAAUGACCUGCCAAUACAGAUCGGAUUUUAUCAACAUAGGUGGUUUUGAUGUGGACAUUAAAGGCUGGGGUGGCGAGGAUGUCCACCUGUACAGGAAAUACCUCCACAGUAAUCUGCUAGUAGUGCGCGCCCCGUCGCGCAGCCUCUUCCAUCUGUGGCACGAGAAACACUGUGCUGAUGAACUGCCCCCGGACCAGUACAAAAUGUGCAUGCAGUCCAAAGCCAUGAAUGAGGCCUCGCAUGGGCAGCUGGGCAUGCUGCUCUUCCGUCACGAGAUCGAAACACAUCUCCGAAAACAGAAACAAAGAAGCAGAGCUAAAAAAGCUUGAAGCAUGUUACUGUGUCUUUAAUAUUGCAUUUAAAAUAUGCUCUUAAAGGGAUAGUUGUCCCAAAAAUAAAAUUCUGUCAUCAUUAACCAAAUUGAUUUCACAAAAGAAAAUUUUAAAAGCCCUUAACAUUCUGCCUAAUGUCUCCUUUUGUAAUUUUGUGUCAUACGAGUUUGUUUCAACAUGUAAGCGAGUGAAGGAUGACAACAUUUUCAUUUUUGAGUGAGCUAUCCCUUAAAUCAUAGAUGUGAAGAGCCCCCAGGAACACAGCAAGAGGCAGACAAGAUAGUCAAGUGCAGCAGAUGACCUUCAAGUCUUCAUUCUCUUUUGAGUGUUAUAAAAUUAUCCUUUAUUUGCGGUAUUAUCCAGAUGCAGCUCGUGAUGUCUGCAAUACACUUGUGCACUUCAGAGAGAAGUAUCUAUUAUGCUAUUAAUUGGCUGACUUUUGUAAACCUUUCUAUGCUACUGGAGGCAAGACACUAACUAUAAAUGGUAGGGGAGCUUUAGGAGUGUUGGAACACAUUUUGUUUCAACAUCUGUAACUUUGUGUUUUUUUUUUUGUGCUAUGUGUCUCAGACUUUUAAAUAAUGUUACCCAGCCCCAUUUCAUUUCAAGCAUUUUAAUACUGACUGAGUCACCAAAUGUCAGUACACUAUCAUGCAAAAGUGAGAUGUAUAUUCAUCAAUUAUACCAUUUAUGGCAUAGUUUUGGUUAUUUUAGGAGAUGAAAUAACUUCUAUCUCUUAGAUUUAUACAGCAGACGACUAAUUAAAUUGGGCUUGACUUUUCCCCAUGGUGGAAAAUGCAAAGACACAGAAUAAUAGAUAGAUAAUGCCUUAUUACUUAUUUACAUAUAAUAGUUGGUGCAGUUGUUAAUUGUGAACUGAAUUUCUCAGUCAGUGAGAGAAAGAAUAUAAAGAGCCUUAAUGGGUUAAACUGUGCUCACUGUCAAUAUGACGAGUGGUUCAAAGAAGUGCAAUUAUUAUUGCUAUUUUUUGUUUGAACAUGACCCUUCUUUUGAUGUAUUGAUGUGGUGCUAUGUACUGGUGCCGUGUAUUAAAAUGACCUGUGACAGUACAGUCUUACAGGGCAACUUCAAACAAAACAUAUUUAUAACUGCUCAGACAAGCAUUGGAAAACAAAUUUGAUCUGGAUUUUUAAAGAGAUAAAUAACUAUAUAUUUUAUAUUUUGUACAGUAGCCAAAUUAAUUUCUGAGAUGUAAAGAGUAUUAUGGGUACUGAAGAUGAACAGUAUUAGGAGGGUUCAUUUUGAUUGAAUACUUCUGGUGCACAAUUUACAAUCUUCAGAAGUGUCAAGAGGUUUAUUUGUGAGAUAAAUGCAAAGCACACGUUUAGUUUCAAAAUAAUUAUUUAUUUGGGAACAGGAUGCUUUUUAUGAUCCAUUUCACCCCAAAAUGUCAAAUGUUGUAUGUCUAUUUGUGUUCUGAAUCGAAUUUGUUUUGAGACAAACUAGUUCUGAUUUAUUGUAAAUGAAAAUAAUUUAGAAUUUUUGGACAGAGCAGAAUAAAGUGAAGCAAAA